AUGAAAAGAUAUAAACUGAUCAAUAAUUUAAUUUCAUUUAUAUUAUUGUUGAUUGUCAUUGGAUCAUCGGUAGCAGCAGAGGUGUUGACCAAUGAUGAUACGGUCAAUAUAAAUGUGCUGUUUGGCCAAACUCAUUUAAUUCCGGCGGAAGGAUUAAAAUGGACGGUUGGCGGCAAAAACUAUACCUAUCAUCUUGUAGGUGGCAGAGACACAUUGGUUCUUGUUGAGUUUGGUAGCAAUGUCAAGUUAUCCAAUCCAAUUGUUGUCCUUAGUAUACCUUCUGACGACCCCGAAGAUCUAAAUGGACGUCGCGUAUUUGGGAUUCCUUUAAAAGAUCCAUCUCAGCUACCAAAGACAGAGGCCAACGGAGCACCUUUCUCAACCACCCAUUACAGUGCCAUUGUCUUUGCGGAAUGGAUCCAGCCAGGUCUCAUUGUAUCGGCUUACCCAAAUGAUACUGACUACAGCAUCAAGAGCCAAGAUGUAAACGUGAUAGUGGGCGAGACGGUCAACAUGCCAAUCGAGAUUGUUCCAUUCUUUCUCUUUGGUGCCACCCCAAGCAACACCAACUUCCCAGGCGUUGGUACGGUCCCCGCCAAUGCUGUAGCAGAACUUGAACAAAAAUGGCCCAUCUCAAAGCUCUCAGCCAAGACACAUGCAGUUGGUUCGGUUCAAUGGCCAUACAUGAUCAUUGGUCCACGAGCCGGCCCACCCUUUCGUGUGACCAACACCAACGAGAUGAAGGAUGGUUAUGAUGUCAUGUCUGCCAUUCUCACGUUCCUAGGUGGCCUCAGAGCCGUCAAUGGUGGGAUUGCUGAAAAGAUACAACUCUACACGCCCAUAAUUGCAUUCAACAAUCGUGGUAUAUUCGCAAACACUGCUGGAGGACUAGGAGGAGGUAUGUCUGGCUCUGGCGAUCACCGAUACUCUGGUAUUUUCAUCCAUGAACAAGGUCAUGCCUUUGGUCUUCCUCAUGCAGGAGAAGCUUAUGACGCAGGUAAAUUCCCAUACCAGCAAGGAUCUUUGCUAGGAUCACAGUGGGGAUUUGAUAUCAACCACAUGGAAUUGCUUCCACCAUGGCUACCACCAAGCAACGUUGCAUGCAAAAGAGGCCACAUUAAAGACAGCCAAGGUCAUUGUAUGAAACAAAGUGUUAUGCAAAGUGGUGCUGGUGACCAACCAAGCACCUACUUGUACACUAUGUUUACAGACUUUGAGAUGUCCACCAUGCAGUCGUACUUUGAAGGCUCAACCACAAUCAUGAGCAACGGCCAACACGAAAGAAAAGGGGGUGCUCUCAUCUACAGAGAAUCUGACAACUCCUACCAACAAUGGGAUGGAAUCGAUAAGAAACUCUACCCAUUCAAAUUGUUCAAUGAUAGCUAUGGCAUAUACAAUCUUGACAAUGGCUCACCAAUCGAAAGAAACAUACCAGUACACACGAUCGUGAUGACCUACAGCCAUGCCAAUGUUAGUGAGGUUUCUCAAAUCUACCCAUAUCUCUCGUACACUGGAAAUAUUAUUCGAACGAUUGAUCCAACCAACCAACAACAUAUUUCAGACGUGAGAUUAAAUGGCCCACUCAGAUGGUUUUGUAUGAAUAGUGGAUGCGACUUUACCAUUCGUGUAACCUUUUCCGAUGGAUCACAACAAUAUAUUCUCCAAAAUUCUGGUGUACGUGUAUUUGCCAAACCGAGUGGGGCUCCAAAUGUUGAUUCAACCAACCCAUCCAGCUCAAAAGCCUUCUUUACCUUUUUCGUCAAUGUUCGUGCAAUCAACCCAAUUAAAAGCACUGAGUUGCUUUGGACUCCAUUAGGAUACGCUGGUAUAUCAUCAAAUGCACCAGUUCUUUUAUCUAAAUUCAAUUAA